UCGCUUUUCUUCUCCUCAGCUACCAAACCCUUCAAGCUCCUUCACUCGUAUAAAAGCCACACACGACCUCCCUCGACCGCCCAGACAAAAAGACACACAGAAAAUUAGCUCGAAUCAACAUCCGAGAUAUAUUUCAAUGGCGUGCAGCGUUAGUGGAAAAGCCGUGAAAGUGGUGCAUAUCGAUACCCAGUACGUGGAAACGGACCCCUUAAACUUCAAGUCUGUUGUUCAGAGCCUUACUGGUAAGGAUUCUUGCGUUGCAUGGAUAAAGAAGAGCUCCUUCGGCGCCAACAAGAGAAAAAGACCCGUCACUGUGAAUAAUGGUGGCGGCUUCGAGAUCAGGCCAUCAUGCCGCGGCCAUGAUAAUGGUAGUACUGUUGGCAGUGGAAAUCGCCAUGUUUCGGUGUUAUCGAAGGGCCUGUCGUUUAAAGACUUGGAUCUGAUGAUCUUGGAGGCUCCUCCAAUGGAGGAAUUAAUGCAAUGACUCAUGUGGACCGAGUAGAAUUUUACACAAUUUUGCUGCAGAUAUAUUUAUAUCUAUAGUACUGUCUAUAUAUAUAUAUAUAUAUAUAUAUAUUUAUUUAUAUAUGCAUAACAGUUCUGCUCGAUCGGUAUAUUUUGUUUAAUCUUCUCAUUUGUGGGAAGAAUGUUUAGGUUAAUUUGGAUAUAUUCAGAGAGAAAUCAAUUUCGUUGUGAUAUUAAUUUGGACAA